AGGAAAGAAUCCACAAAACCCCAAAACCAAACGCAUCGCAGCAGCUUUUUCAAAUAUUUUUUUUUCCUUCCUUUUUAUUUGUAAAAUAGUUAUAUUUUUGUAAUGGCCUCGCGUCGCGUUUGCAGCACAUGAAAAAAGAUGCGCAAAAUCAAACAGCACAAAUUCUACUUCAUCGCUUCCUGUUAGUGUUCGCUCUUAUUACUGUACGUGCGCCUGUUGCGCAUGUUCCUAACCUGCGCAACCCAACAUCAAUCCCUAAUUCAAUAACUCGCGACGUUCCUCCUUUAGUCGUUCUCAACAACAACAGCACCAGCAACAACGACAAAGGUAUUGAUAUCACCUAUAAUAAGAUCGUCUCGAGGAGUGAUCAUCUCGUCGAGAUCUCGGAUUCUUCUUUACCCGAUUUGAAUCCGCGAUCCAUGUCGAAGUCACGAGUUUAUGCCGAUGUUAACGUCCUCCGUCCCAAGGAUUAUUGGGAUUACGAGUCUCUCACCGUUCAAUGGGGUGAUCAAGAUGAUUAUGAAGUUGUUCGUAAAGUUGGAAGGGGAAAGUACAGUGAGGUUUUUGAGGGCAUUAAUGUGAACAGCAAUGAGCGGUGCAUAAUUAAGAUUCUCAAACCUGUUAAGAAAAAGAAGAUCAAGAGGGAAAUAAAAAUACUUCAGAAUCUCUGUGGUGGCCCGAAUAUAGUCAAACUUCUUGACAUUGUUAGAGAUCAGCAUUCAAAGACUCCUAGUCUGAUAUUUGAAUAUGUUAACAGUACAGACUUCAAAGUUCUGUACCCCACACUCACUGAUUAUGAUAUACGCUACUACAUAUAUGAGCUUCUCAAGGCAUUGGAUUACUGCCAUUCACAAGGAAUAAUGCAUAGAGAUGUCAAGCCUCACAACGUUAUGAUUGACCAUGAGUUGCGGAAACUUCGUUUAAUAGAUUGGGGUCUUGCUGAAUUUUACCAUCCUGGCAAGGAAUAUAAUGUUCGUGUGGCAUCAAGAUAUUUUAAGGGCCCUGAGCUUCUAGUUGAUCUACAAGACUAUGAUUAUUCUUUGGACAUGUGGAGUCUUGGUUGCAUGUUUGCAGGAAUGAUAUUUAGGAAGGAACCAUUCUUUUAUGGUCAUGACAAUCAUGAUCAGCUUGUCAAAAUUGCCAAGGUACUUGGAACUGAUGAGUUGAAUGCAUAUCUGAAUAAAUAUCACUUAGAGCUUGAUGCUCAGCUUGAUGCUCUAGUGGGAAGGCAUAGUAGGAAACCCUGGUCCAAGUUCACUAAUUCAGAUAAUCAGCAUUUGGUUUCUCCAGAGGCUAUUGAUUUUCUUGAUAAGCUCCUUCGGUAUGAUCAUCAGGAUAGGCUAACUGCAAGAGAAGCAAUGGCACAUCCAUAUUUCUCUCAAGUAAGGGCUGCAGAAAGUAGCAGAAUGCGGACUCAGUAGUGAGUUGCUAUAACAGUGUUCACAUGGUAUCUGUCAGCAAAACAGAGGCUAUUACUUGUGGAGUAUGUAUCAUCCUUAUGUUUGAUUAAUCUGGAAAACAAUUGUUGCUGCCUUUUGUUAGUUGCAGGCAGUUCAGAAGAUUGUGGAUGGAUUUUUACUAUAUGAUCUUCCUAUCACUUGUUUGAGAAUAUUAUGUAUCUUUAAUUUCUUGAGAGUUUACCA